CUCCACCUAUAAUCGUUAGUUGUUUUUGAAGUGGUCUUACAUUAAGAGCAAACUUAGUUUGAUAAACUGUUAACGGGCACACAAGAAAUGUUUGUAGUGCUGUUAGUUGCAAGUUUAAUAACUAGUACUAGAUGUAAUGGUAAAGUUACAGAUAAACAAUAUGCUUCUAUGCCUUUGGUAUUUCAUCAGGACAAUUUUGAUCGAUGCAUGUUAUUGGAGGAGAAUGCUUUAUACUGUUCUUUUACGUUUGAAUUAGAGCCCCUAAAUCCUUCCAACGCAUCGGAAACAUGGAAUAUCAUAAGUAUUGUGGAUCGUGAACCCAAAACAGAGCCACAUCUCGUCAUCAACACUCCGCGCCUUUUCCUAACGCUUUUCAUAGUUAACGUUAAACGGGAACCGCACGAGAUCUUUGUGGAUCCCCUUAUGGACGAGCGGGAGAGUAACCUCCUAGUACCGCAGGCGCAGGUGAAAAUGGAACCAGAAUAA